AUAAUUGUGAGGAUUCUAAUGUUUUGGACAGCUCUCCGUGUUCAAUCUACAGCAGGCUGCGAAGGAACUCUAGUUGAGAUCUCCAGAGUCGCCAUGUUUCAUGGGAUCCCAGCGCCUGCAGGCACUGGGGGAGCCCCAGGUAAUAAACCAGAACUGUGUGAGGAGGUCAAAUUAUAUAAAAAUGCCAAGGAGCGUGAAAAGUCUGACAACAUGACGGAGCUGUUUGCUGUAGUAAAGAUGCUUCAGGCCUUAGAGAAAGCUUACAUCAAGGACUGUGUGACUCUGAAUGAGUACACAGCUGCCUUCUCCAGACUGCUGGUUCAAUACAAGGCUGCUUUCAAACAGGUGCAGGGGUCCGACGUGGGCUCCAUUGAUGAUUUCUGCAGGAAAUACAGGCUUUUUAUCACAGUGAUGGAUAAGCUGUGGCUGGAGAUCCGAGGGAUGGACGAGGCUGACGACUCUCAGCGGGAUGUCAGCCUCUGAUGAACUGGACGACUCCCAGGUCCGUCAAAUGCUGUUUGACUUGGAGUCUGCAUACAAUGCCUUCAGUCGUUUCCUACAUCAUUCCUAAACUGUCACCUCCCACCGGUAUUCCCUGAGGUUCACUCUGCACUCCUCUGAACUGUCACCUCCCACCGGUAUUCCCCGAGGUUUACUCUGCACUCCUCUGAACUGUCACCUCCCCCAGGCAUUCCCUGAGGUUCACUCUGCACUCCUCUGAACUGUCACCUCCCACCGGCAUUCCCUGAGGUUCACUCUGCACUCCUCUGAACUGUCACCUCCCACCGGCAUUCCCUGAGGUUCACUCUGCACUCCUCUGAACUGUCACCUCCCACAGGCAUUCCCUGAGGUUCACUCUGCACUCCUCUGAACUGUCACCUCCCACAGGCAUUCCCUGAGGUUCACUCUGCACUCCUCUGAACUGUCACCUCCCACAGGCAUUCCCUGAGGUUCACUCUGCACUCCUCUGAACUGUCACCUUUGUCGUGGAAAAUUACACCUGCCUCAUUCAGGUACACCUGUGGUAAGGACAAAUCAGCAGAGACAAGUAGGAGCAACUGAUUUUAUUUAGUUUGCAAACUGGAGCAUUCAACAGAGUGUCGCAGACUCUGCAAGCAACCGCAAAGAAGCUCAAAAUACAGAAGUCAAACAGUUCCUUAUAUAUAAUCGGUUUUUGCACAGAGUUCAUGACUUGUGGUAAUUCUUAUCUUCCUUAGUCAGCUCGAACCAACCUUGUGGUAUCCUUGAUACUGUUGUCUACCGACUUCUCUGAUUGGUUGAGUUUUAGUUGCUAUGAGGUGUCUAUCAGGUCCCACAAAGUUGAUUCCCCUAAUAUAAGAAUAACAAUCCAUAUAUGGUAAUAUUAGCUAAGUGACUGGGGAGAAAAGAGGAAUUACACCGUGUAACAAUUUUUUUUUUUUUUUGGUU